AUGGCCUAUCUCUGUCAGCCUCUACCUGCCCUCCUUUUCUUAUGCUGUAUUGCUUCUUUUCUUUUACUCUCGCAUGCAGCAAACAUUAGCUUUAACUUCCCUCCUCUCACAGAUAUAAAAACAGAACAUGAUGCCCUAUAUCAAAAGGACAGUGGAGGAGACACACUGCAGCUUACCAAAAAUGCAGCAUCAGCAAGCCUAAAUAACAGUUACGGUUGGGCGGUUUAUAAUAAAUCUAUUCCACUAUGGGACAGCUCCUCUCGUGCUCUGGCAAACUUUUCUACCCAUUUCCAAUUCAUUAUUGACAUCAACAACAAUAUAAAAGAUAAUCGUGGCGACGGACUUGCGUUCUUCUUGGCAUCUUUCGAGUUGAAGCAACCAGAGAACGCUUAUGGCGGAUUUCUUGGCCUGUUUAACGACACAACUUUUAAAGGAUCUUUUUAG